AUGGGCGGCUUGAUAGACGGAUCAACCGUGAAGGGUGAUCUUUGGAUGUUGGAAAGUAGUACGGGAAAUCUGUCCUGUCUACCCAUCGCUACCGUUUCCGAAGGGCCGGGUCCACGAGUCGGCCACGCAAGCUUGUUAGUUGGCAAUGCUUUUAUUGUGUUCGGCGGUGACACCAAGGUAGACGAGAGUGACACCUUGGAUGACACUCUUUAUCUUCUCAAUACGUCGUCCCGCCAAUGGUCGAGAUCGAUUCCUCCUGGGCCCCGACCCGCUGGACGCUACGGUCAUACCCUCAACAUCCUAGGCUCUAAACUCUAUGUCUUCGGUGGGCAGGUUGAGGGCUUCUUUUUCAACGACCUGGUUGCGUUUGAUCUCAAUCAACUCCAGAACCCCGCCAACAAGUGGGAGUUCCUGAUUCGGAACAGCCACGAGGGCGGUCCGCCUCCGGGCCAAAUCCCUCCGGCCAGAACGAACCAUACCAUUGUGAGCUUUAACGACCGACUUUACUUGUUUGGAGGAACCAAUGGCGUGCAGUGGUUCAAUGACGUGUGGUGCUACGACCCACGCGUCAACGCUUGGUCUCAAUUGGAUUGCGUCGGAUUUAUCCCUACGCCACGGGAAGGCCAUGCUGCAGCUAUCGUGAACGAUGUGAUGUAUAUCUUCGGAGGCCGAACAGACGAAGGUAUCGAUCUGGGUGACCUCGCUGCUUUCCGGAUCACGACACGACGAUGGUAUUCCUUCCAGAACAUGGGCCCCGCCCCUUCCCCUAGGUCGGGUCACAGCAUGACGGCUUUUGGGAAACAGAUCAUUGUUUUAGCUGGCGAGCCUAGCUCUGCGCCGCGUGACCCGAUAGAACUUAGCAUGGCAUACAUCCUUGAUACUGCGAAGAUCCGUUACCCAGCCGAAAAUCAAGGUGGAGACAGGGGUCCAAUCCAGACGAUGCGGAAAAUGAGCGGAGACCGCUCCGCUCAACCGACUGGGCGGUCUUCUCGUGAGGCACAACAUCAACACCCGGAACCCCAACGACGUGGACCUGGACCGGCAAACCAGCCGCGGGAGAACGUUGUGACAAGUCCCACAGGCAGACCGGCAGACUUUGGACCCAACUCAGGACCUGGCUCUCGGCUGCCCAGAGCAUCUAUAGCCCAGGCGCCACCGUCGGGGCCUCCUCCGCCGGGUCAAGCCCCGACGCCCGGUCCCAGAGGCAAUGGCCCUCAACAUGCCGUCAAUCCCCGGAGCAGAACUCCUACGAAAACGGAGCGUGUCUAUGGAGGACCUGCGGUAGACACUGUUCGAGCAGUGGCACCCGAGAAGGACAGGGAUUCACCGGUUGUCAAGGAUUCACCGAAAGACUUCAAGCCGGUGCAAGAAUCAAGCACCUCGCCUGCAGGUCAACGUACGCCUACCCAGCAACAAGCAAGAAUGUCUGCCAAGGCCAUGGAGGCCGGUGAGGCUGCUCCCCUUAUUAGUGCGCCGGCUCGGCAGCGGUCGUUGCGACAGCAUCGGCAGCGCGGCUCUAUGGACAGCGCUGAUGAGUCCAUCCUAGGUCGCAAUGCCAGCAUUGAUGGGUCGAUAGAGUCUCGCAGUUUUCGGAAUUCUAGGUCAGGUGACGAGCCGCGGUCUCCCCGGCUAACUGCUCACCAGGAGGCCCUGAUCAAGGAGCUCGAAGCCAUGAAGAGUCGCAAUGCCUGGUAUGCUUCUGAGCUUGCCCUGGCAAAGAAGGCUGGAUACACACCAAAUUCGUCCAACAGCCCCGUGAUGGACGAGCGUGCCGCGGAUGCACUAACAGACGAGGAUCGUCCUUUAAUCGAGGCCUUCCUUGCAAUGAGAGCAGAGCUUGCCAAGAUGCAAGCGACUGUAGACCGCCAGGCAGCCAUUGCGUCCAAACGGGUGGCGGAGGUCGAACACCAGCGUGACGUCGCCGUCAACGAGGCAGCCUAUUCCCGUGCAAAGUUGGCAGCUCACGGCGGCAGUCAGAGAGGUACUCCACAACCUGAUGGGCCCGCCCAGGACUCGGAUGAAGCCAUCUCGGAACGAACUACGGAGAUCAGCAGAAGACUUGCUUUGGCUCUGGCGGCCCAAAAUGACCUCAAGUCAAAGCUUGAGAUGAUGACGACUGAGUAUGAACAGGAAAAGCGGGGUAGAGAACUGGCUGAAGAGACAUGUGAAGCGACGAGAAGGAGACUGGCAGAGCUUGAGAUGAACAACAGCAAACUUGAAGCUGAAAGUCUUCGUGCGGAGCUUCAUCAGGCCGAAGCCUCUGUCAGAGAGGAAUCGAUGCUGCGUUCCGAAGCCGAGUCCGCCGUUAAACAAUUGACUCUGGACAAGGAGGAACUGACGCAGAAGCUUGAAGAAUCCACCUCCCGACUGAGAGACUACGGCAAUAAUCUUGGCAGUCUUCGGGAAGCGGUGACCGCUUCUUCUGACAAAUCUGCUCUUCUAGAGCGACAGUUGGAUGACGAGCGUGAGCGUCGGGAGGGACUAGAGAGAAAGCUUCUUCAGUUGAGGUCGGAGCACGAAGAGCGAACUGCCGAACUUGAAAAUGCUACCCGUCGCCUCAGAGACGCGGAGGAGCUAAUCGAGAUUCACUCCAAAGAAGCGGAGACGCACAAGAACGCAUUUCUGUCGGGACUUGAUCGCGCGUCAUCCAUCGAUUCGGACACCGCUCUUCGAUCUCUCUCUGACCAGCGUGUUUCCGUCUUGGAGGCUCAGGUCGAGAGAGCCAACGAGCUGGCUAAGACUAGCCAAACAGCUGCGAAUGAGGCGGCUGAAAAGCUUCGUCGUGCAGAGGAGCGGAUUGCUGGACUGGAGGCAUACCAGGAGCAGGCUAGCCGAGAAGGCCUACAGCUGCGCAGGCAACUUCAGGCCGCCAUGAAAGAAAGCCAAACCCAUGCCGCUGACAAUCGCGAGUUGAAAGCGCAAUUGGAGAACCAACAUCGCGAGGCUGGUGCGCUAGCUGUGCAACAUGCCGCUCUGAAAGAUCUUCUUGGUGAGCGGGGUGUUUCGUACUCUGAUAGCCGUCGCUCGCCUCACCUGGAGUCCCCUGGAUCUCGUUUCGGUACCCCUGAGGCAGGUCGACUUCGCGAACUGGAACAGCAGCUUUCAGCUAGCAUGAAAGCCCACGAGGAACUGAAGUCUUCCUUCGAGUCUCGUGAGCAGGAAGCCGACCGCACGUAUAGGGAGAAGUUGGAGCAGCUCGAGAAUGAUUACCAGUCUGCCGUCCAUUAUGUCAAGGGCACGGAGAAGAUGCUGAAGCGCAUGAAAGAUGAACUCGCCAGGUACAAGUCUCAAAAUGCCAAGCUUCAAUCCGAAUUAGACGAGGCACAGUCCGCCCUAGCCGAAGCUUCAAGCGGGCCGUCAGAAGCUCCAGCCGAGUGGGAGGCCGAGCGAACCAGGCUUGAGAAAUCGAUCUCAGACCUUGAGCAAGAAUCAUCGGCUUCGAUUGCCAACUUGGAGGAGCAGGUCAAGAGGCUCCGGGACGAACUUGCUACCCUCGAGGCGGAUAAGACCAGAUCUCAAACCGAGCUCGAGCACGUGCAACAGGAGCUUGCAGCAGCAGCUGAGCGGAGUCGUGCAGAGCUGGAACAGCUCAAGAGUGAGAACGCUCUGCUUGAAGACCGGGCGUCUGAUGCUGAGCAGAAAGUCACCAUGCUUCUCGAUCAGGUCGAGGCGUCUGUCGGUCAAUUCCGUCGCCAAUCGCAGCCUGUGCAAAUGAACGGCAUUUCGCGCACCCACAGCAAUGCCUCAAGCAACACCAUCGGUGCUGCAAGCCGACGAUCCCGUGCCGACAGUGCUGUGUCGCAAGAUGAUGCUUUCCCGGACAACCGUAACUCAAUGGCCUUGGAUUCGUUGGCGAAUGAACUGGAAGCUUUGCGUAGCCACUGGGAGAGCACAAACCGCAACUACCGGCUAAGCACGCAGUCCGAUUUUGAUCGUACCCCAACGAAGGAGACGGGAUUGAGUGACAGUCUAGCUGAAUGGAGACGGCGGUUGGAUGAAGACGAAGCCAGAGCAAGCUCUCCCGAAAAGAUCCAACCUCGAAAUGCAGCCACACAUCACGCCACAGCGAACAUGAUCUAA